GAGGUUAUAUUUUUGUGUGAUUAAUUUUCCAGUAAUAUUAAGCAAUUUGGAAAUAUUAUUAAGUAGUAAAGAUCAUUUUUAGUGCGUUUUCCCUAAUAUCAUUUAUUUUCUAGUCAGUAAUAAUGAGUAAGAAAGGUGGAUUUUCCUGCGUCAUGUGCAAAAACAUAUCUGGACGAAAUGCAAGAAUAAAGUUUUUUUGUUUUCCAAAAGAUCCAGAAAUGUCUAGAUUAUGGCUCAAAGCUUGCAAUCGUACGAUAAAUAGAACAACAGAAGAACUGUAUAAAAAUUAUCGAAUUUGUAGUGUUCAUUUCAACGAGAACAUGUAUCUCAAUGACUUAAAAACUAGACUCUUACCUCGAGCUAUACCUAUACAGACUGCAAUAUAGACCUCAAACAUAACAAAUCCAAACUGCGACACUGACAUUAUUUCACAAGAAAGUACAGAAUCUCGACAGCAAUUUCAUCAGGAUGAAUCAGAGAUAGAAACAAAUCAAUUAUAUGGACAAAUGGAAUUAACUGAAAGCAAUAAUUCCACUGAUGGAAUGCUAAUAUUAUCAGAGGAGCGUAAUAUUUCAAGAGAAGAAAUUAAGGAACUUGAUUUUUCAAAAGUACUCAGCAAACAAAUACAAACGCCUCAGAAGUUGUCUCACGAUACACCAAGAAAGAAUAAACUAAAAGCAAGAAUUAUAUCAUUACAGCGAGAAAAGAGAAAGUUGAAAGAACAGUUAAAAAGUGCACUUGAAAAAACAAAAAUUAAGGAGAAUUUAGAAUACUACUGUCAGCUAACCGAUAAAUUUUUAUCUCCUUCUAUAGCAGCUUUGGUGAAGGAACAAGCUAAAUUAAACCAACAAUCAAUAAAAGGCAGGAAAUAUUCUAUGCAAUUUAAACAAUUUUGUCUUAGUAUCUAUUUUGCUGGUCCAAAGAGUUAUAAAGUAUUGCGUAAGGAACUAUUAUUACCAAGUCCGAGAACUCUUCAGCGAUCAAUUGAGUCGUUACAAAUAUCUCCCGGACUUAAUGAUUUAGUCUUCGAUAUGAUUAGGAGAAGGAUUGUCAAUUUUACAUCGCUAGAUAGGUUGUGCGUAAUUUAUUUUUAAUGUUAAAUACAUCAUUUUUUGUUAAAUACAUAUAUACAUAUAUGUGAUAUAAUAUGGUAUGUGAUAUAGCUUUUAUGUUAAAUACAUUAUUAUUAUUUUCUGUAUGGUAUAAUUCAAUAUGCUGUUUCAGACAUUAGAAAUGGUUAACAUGUGCAUUCAUAAAUAAUAAAUAUGAAUUAAAUACAUUAAAAUAUAAAAUUAAGUCUAAGGCCGGUAUUCAUAGUCCGAUCUGAUAAUAAAGAAUUUUAUAGAAAAAUUCAAGGCUGUAUCAUUCCUCACCGUCACAAUGAUAAAGAUCAUUACAAAUUUGUACAAAGAUGCUAUGUAGGAAAUGAGAUAUUUUAUUAUCAUCACAGAUAAAUUUAAGACAAUUUUCAAUGUUAAUCCAUCUAUAAAUGCCGACUUUAGUAUUAUAUUUGAAUUAAUUUUUCUCCUCU